UCUUUCUCCCCCUUCUCUCCUUCCAACCUAACCUCUACCCGUUCUCCCACUCACCUCCCCCUUCUUCUCUACCCUCCUCCACUUUUCCCCUCCCCUCUGUCAUUAGCUGGUAUAAGAGCAUUGCAUCCCUCUCCACCUCUCUCACACACAUACAGUGUGUUUGCUGGGAAGGGGAUAGUCCAGGGGAAAAAGGGAUUACAUUGUCUACCUGCCUGUGAAGGAAUUAUUUUCCUCUCUGGAAUUUCCAUAAAAGAGAUCUUAGAACAACUUCCGGAAGAGAGCUGAAGCCAAAUUCUUACCUAUUGUCAAAACCCAGGGACAUCCCUGUUACCACCUGAUCCGCAACUAAUUUUCCUGCUGUCGACAUCAUCCCUUGUCAGCAACGUUUGACGACGUCCGAGGAGACCAUGAGCAGCAAUUACAUCGUCACUCUCUUAGGACCGGCCCCCUGGGGCUUCAGGCUGCAGGGAGGGAAGGACUUCAACAUGCCCCUCACCAUCUCCAGGCUGACAGAUGGUGGGAAGGCGGCUAAAGGCGGCAUCGGUAUUGGAGACAUGGUUCUGUCUAUUGACGGCAUCGCCACAGAGGGCAUGAACCACCUGGAGGCCCAGAACAAGAUCAAGAGCUGCACUGGCAACCUCAGCCUCACCCUGCAAAAGGCCUCCAGUGUUCCUAAACCACCUCCGGUGGCACCUAAGGAUGACAGAUCAGACAUCAUAAAACCAUUGGCCCUCACCCAUCCCCCUCCACCAUCCCAUCCCCACCCUCACUCCUCCAGCCCCUCCACCAUCCACUACAACAAGGCUCCUAGACCUUACGGUGGCUGUGCGUCUGAGAGUGAACACCCUCCUUCACAGUCCCCUUUCACUCCCUUCAUCCCAUCCCCAUCCUCUGCCUUCACUCCUGCCUCCUCCCACACCAGUCCUCCUCCAACUCCUGUCUCUUACCCAUCCUCUUCCUCCUCCCCCUCCCCCCCUGUCCUCGUUGCGCCUCAGCCAUCAGUGUAUAACACACCGAUAAACCUCUACUCCACCGAGAACGCAUGUGAGGUGGCCAUGGGGCAGAGGCGGGGCCUUUUGGAGAGUCAGGGUGGAGCCUUGCCUUUGCAGUUUCAUGGAGUUCCCAGGAAACACAUUGUGGACACAGACAUCCAAUUUUACCAUGUGCCCACUCAUGCUGAUGCCAGUAGGAAGCGCAUAAUGGAGGACACAGAGGACUGGCGCCCACGCGGUGGCACCACCCAGUCCAGAUCUUUCAGGAUUCUGGCUCAGAUCACGGGUACCGAGCGUGCUCCAGAUGAGAAAACUGACACAGCCAAGAACACAAAUGAGGAGUGCGAGGAGUCAGAACUCAACAGCCAUGAGUCUGCAGUUGUCAAGACCAUGACCAAAGGACCUGCAGCAUCCCAGGGUCUCGGUUCACGGACUGGUUUGAUCACCCCAUCCUUCGGUAUGAAAGGUAAUGGAAAUGCCAGUGUCCCGACGGGUCCUGUGCCAGCCCGACCUUUACCUCAAGUCCACCCUAAAGAUGAGGACACCCUGGUGCAGAUGGCAGAACACAUUCCUGCUGGAACUCGGGCGCCCAUGUGUGCCCACUGCAACAUGGUCAUCAGAGGGCCCUUUUUGGUGGCAAUGGGGAAAUCAUGGCAUAAGGAGGAGUUUAACUGUGCCCACUGCCGUACAUCCCUGGCAGAUAUAGGCUUUGUGGAAGAAAAGGGAUCUGUCUACUGUGAACACUGCUAUGAAGAUUUCUUGGCUCCAACAUGCAGUCGCUGCCAGGCCAAGAUACUGGGGGAGGUGAUAAAUGCUCUCAAACAGUCAUGGCAUGUCUACUGCUUUCUGUGCGCUUGCUGUCAGCAGCCAAUCAGAAACAAAAUCUUCCAUCUGGAGGAUGGAGAACCAUACUGUGAACAAGACUUCUACAGUGUGUUUGGGACGAGCUGCCAUGGCUGUGAGUUCCCCAUUGAGGCUGGAGACAAGUUCCUGGAGGCCCUUGGGUACACCUGGCAUGACACCUGCUUCGUCUGCACUGUGUGCUGCACCACUCUGGAAGGCCAGACCUUCUUUUCCAAGAAAGACAAACCUCUUUGCAAGAAACAUGCUCACACACUGAAGAUAUGAAUCUUGAACUUUCCUCAAAAUGUUCUAGCCACACGUUCUCCCUUGGUGGAUGGGGUGGGAGAGCCUUUUAAUAGAUCAUGCAACAAUAUAACUCAAGCAACACUCAUACAACAAGAGAGGUCAGAAAAAGGGAAACAAUGUAAAAUGUAUGUAAAAGUAAAGUUUUUCUUUGUUUUUCCAGACCCAUUGUGAGACAUAAUCUACAGUAUUUUUCUCAUGUGAUUUCUAAUAUAUGAGCAGCAACAUAUCUUGCAGUAAGAAUCACAGUUUUUACCCAUUUUCACCAAAACUGACCUUUGAUUUUCAUCUUUUCUUUUCUCUUUUUUUUAUAUACAGUACAUAAUUUGCUCAUGCAGAGAAAAGUAGAACAGUUUUACUGUUGAGCGGUGCAGUGUGUGUGUACUAGCACUAGAAAACCCGGUCAGAUAUUUAUUAAUACAAAGGAUUUUGUCAUCCCAGUCUUUAUUUCUUAAUCCAGAGUUUAAUCUUUAGUUUCCCUAAAGCACGUCAGGGUUGAUUUCAUCACAUUUUUCAUUGUCAGUCAGUCAGUGUACAAAGAGGCUUGGGUAACCUGUUACAUGACAUUUAACGCUUGAAAUUAGACAGUACCAGAAAUGUGUGGAAAACAGAUUCAUACCCUUGCUAAAUGAACUCAGAGAAAGGAGUAUAUUGGAAAAUUAUUUUCUAAGCAGGCAUUUCUUUUUUGUUAAUUUUAAUGUUUGUGUAGCUGUAAUCAAAUUUAACCAUCUAAUCUGCAGCUGUUAAGACAAGAGAAUAUUAGCCAUCUGAUUUCCUGUUUGAAUAUUU